GAUUGUUUUUGUUAAAAAUCCCCAAAAUUGAUUUUAGGGCUUUAUCCUAGUUCCUGUAAUAUACUGAUUCCUUUCAAUCCGUCUAUAGAUAGUAAAAAGGCGGGAAACGAGCCCUAAUCGAGCGUGUAUCCUUGCAAUCUCCAUUACAAUUUCCCAAACAUUUCCUUCGUGGCUACAUCUCUCUCUAACCCCAAAAUCCCACAAUUUGAAGAAAACGUGGAAGUUUCUAAAACCCUAAAUUGAGCUGAUUGGAUGGAGAUCUCCUCCAAUUCGGAGACCAAACUCCCUGUUCGUCGGCGAUUGAUUCAAUCGACACUGGUCCCGCACAAGUCUCAAGACAAUGUCGUCAGUGUAAACGAAGAUCUCGAACCUUAUGUAGACCUCGUAGACGAGGAAGAGGAGUAUUGCGGGAGUCAGAUUCAAGUCAAGAAAAACGAAAAGCGAAAGCCAAAAGUAGUGUCUCAAACUCGAGUUUCAACGAAGCUUGCUGUAAAUGGAAAUGAGCUUGUAGGAAAGAAUACCGAGGAAGAAGAUUCUCCUGCUACUGUUAAAUGUGACUUCUUCUUGAAAGUUUCUGAGAAACGCCGUCAAUUGAGACAGCAAAAGGAGCAGUUGCCUAUCACUUCACCUGAUAAAAAUGAACAAAUGGAAGAUCUUGAACCUGAUGUAGACCAUGAAGAUGAUGACGAGGAGCAUUGUGGGAGUCAGAGUCAAGGCAAGAAAAAUAAAAAGAGAAAGCCAAAAGCAGUGUCCCAAUCGCGAGCUUCAAGAAAGCUUGCUGUAAAUGGAAAUGAGAUUGGAGGAAAGAAUACUGAGGAGGAAGAUUCUCCUGCUACUGUUAAAGGUGAUUUCUUCUUAAAAGUUUCUGAGAGACGCCAUCAACAGAAACAGAAAAAGGAGCAUUGGAGGCAAAAAAUGUCUGCAGAGCCUGCUGUAAAUGGAAAUGAGAUUGGAGGAAAGAAUACUGAGGAAGAAGAUUCCCCUGCUACUGUUAAAUGUGAUUUCUUUUUGAAAGUUUCUGAGAAACGUCAACUGAGACAGCAAAAGGAGCAGUUGCCUAUCAAUUCCUCUGAUAAAAAUGAACAAAAUGAAGAUCUUGAACCUGAUGUAGAUCAUGAAGAUGAUGAUGAUGAUGAUGAUGAUGAGUAUUGUGGGAGUCAGAGUCAAGGCAAGAAAAAUAAAAAGCGAAAGCCAAAAGCAGUGUCCCAAUCGCGAGCUUCAAGAAAGCUUGCUGUAAAUGGAAAUGAGGUUGGAGGAAAGAAUACUGAGGAAGAAAAUUCUCCUGCUACUGUUAAAGGUGAUUUCUUCUUAAAAGUUUCUGAGAGACGCCAUCAACGGAGACAGAAAAAGGAGCAGUUGCCAACCCAUACACCUGAAAAAGUUGAGCUAAAUUGUUCGCCAUCAGAUGUCAUUACAAAUUCAAAGAGCCCUAGGAAGCUCAGAAGGCGAGCUAGCUCUACACCAAAAAAGAAAAUGAAUUCAACACCAUCUAGAAAUGCUAUUAAUGGGGCUUUAGAUGAAGAUUUAUCAGAGAAAGUGCUGACUAGUCCACUUAAGCCACUUCCUGAUCUACGGUUGGAGGCAAAAAUGACUGCUGAGGAAAAUUCACGUAUAUUUGCAGGAAAACAAAUACAUCCUUUCUUUUCAUCUUGGAAAACAGGCAAGAAAAACACUGAGAGUACUGGAUUAGAGAUUAAAUGGUGUCACGUUGAGGGAAAGGAAAGCAGCAAUGAUUUCAGUACUUUUCAUAUAUUUGAGAAAACACAGGGUGAAACCUUUUCUGUUGAUUGGAGAAACUGGACAUUUUCUGAAGGUGUCUCCAUGAGGACUAGUCAAGAUGCAGAAGAUGCUUGCUUGCAUCUGAUCAAUGAAGGAUCAGUCAGUUGCUUGCAGUUUGAUAAUUUCCUUGAUGCCCCUCCACUUGAAGUAUCAUCGUGUCAGAACAAGGGGUAUUCAAGUCAAUUUCCUAUCCAACUUGAAGAGAUCUCUUCCAUACCUCCAAAUUAUCAGCCUGAGAAUAGCUUAUGGACAACCAAGUAUCAACCUGAAAAGGCCAUUGAGAUAUGUGGGAACAAUGAAUCUGUGAAGUUUCUGAGCGAAUGGCUAUGUCUAUGGUAUGAAAAAGGGUCAAGAAACAGUAAAUGUUCAACAGAUAAUGAUAAUUGGAUCAUGCAAGGUUUUGACCUUAACUACUCUCCAACUGACUCUGAUUCAGAGUCAACCGAUGAAGAAACCAGUUUAAAAAAUGUCCUCUUAGUCACAGGCCCAGUUGGGAGUGGGAAAUCUGCAGCUAUUUAUGCAUGUGCCAAAGAGCAAGGUUUUCAAGUCAUUGAGGUGAAUACAUCAGAUUGGAGAAAUGGUGCGCUUGUGAAGCAAAAAUUUGGGGAAGCUGUAGAAUCACACUGGCUUAAAUGUUCUGCCCCCAAUCAUGAAAACCCAGAUAACAAGAAUCAAUUGAAGUCAUCAGAUGAUGUUAUUGAGUUGAUACCAUUAUCAGAUGACGAGGAUUCAAAAGAUUUUAAACCAAUAGACAAGGAGAAUAAAAUUUCAUCUUCUCAAAAUGGAAUCAAAACCCUAAUUCUUUUCGAGGAUAUUGAUGCAACUCUAUAUGAAGAUCGUGGUUUUAUUUCUACUAUACAACAGCUUGCAGAAACUGCAAAGCGACCAAUGAUAUUAACCAGCAACAGUGAUGAUCCUGAUCUACCGAAUAACUUAGAUAGGAUAGAGGUUAGCUUUAGAAUACCAUCAUCAGAUGAUCUUCUCAGCCUUGCAAAAAUGGUUUGCACUGCAGAAAAAGCCGAAAUUAACUCUUCCCUGGUGGAACGAUUUAUCGACUACUGCCAAGGUGAUAUUCGUAAAACCAUUAUGCUUCUCCAGUUUUGGUGCCAGGGGCAAAAUGGGAAAAAAGGUCCAGAUAAUGAAAUGCAUAAUACAUAUGCUCCACUGCUGUUUGAUACUAAUGCGAGCCAUCAUGUUCUACCACAACUGAUCCCAUCUGGUCACACUUCCAAGCUUUCUGAAAUUAUUGAAAAAGAAAUUACAAAAUCAAGUUUGUUAGCAGAAAAAUAUGAUAAUACCAUGAUGGAGAUAAUCGAGGAAGAAGACGAAAACAUCGAGGCCAAAAAAGACGAAAUGCUACGCAGACACUGCUCCGAUCAAGAUGAAAAUAAAUUUUCAGCUCAGUGCUUUCCAAGUUGCUCGAGUUCCCCAGUUGCAUUCACCAAAAGAACCCUUCAGAAAAAACAUGACCCCGGAAUGUCUGAUUCCGGAGAUUGCUUACCGGAUGUACCCGAGGAUGUAAUUGAAGAAGUGGUCGUUGAGAAAAGGAUUAGGAGGAAAUACAAUUCCGUUAUGUCUUCUGAUUCCGAAGAUGAGUGCUUUGAUGUGUCAUGUGUUCCGGAAUCCACUUUUGUUCCCGAGACAGAACUCGGGAAUGGAAUGUGUUCUGAUGGCGGAAUCGAAGAUGGUGCCAUGAGCAUGGAUAUUACAUCAAGAACUGUGGCAAUGGAGUUUCAUAAUUCUUGUGAAGAAGAUAAAGCUCCAUCAAUGGCGGUUGCAACGGAUUCCGGUUUGGAUUCAGCACCAAAUCAUGGGGAAGAAAUCGGUGAUUCCCAUGUUGAACCGACGGCGGGUCUCCCGAGGGAAUAUCAAAUGAUGGAUGAGUGUAGCCGAAUUGAUUUCAGUAAGAAAUUGGAACCGGAAUCGGAAUUGGAAUCAGUAGAUAUUGUACAAGAAACAUGGAGAAAACUACGUAAUUGUGAGCAUGAGUUAAGGCAAUAUGUCUCCAAUGAGGAAAAAGAUAGUUUAGAAGCUUUACAACUUUCUCAUGGAAUAACUAAUUUAAUAUCGGAAGCUGAUUUAUUACUUUCAGACUGCCAGUUAUUGACAUGUGAUUAUUUAAAACCAUCGAUGGUUUCACCCGAGAAAUCACACUCGUCCAGCUGGCAUGAAGACCAACUGCAAAUGGGGUCAACAAUAGGUCAACAUGGAUUCUGUUUAUAUGCAAAAAAAGGGUCAAAUGGUCAACUGGAUUUGAGUCGGGAGAUGCUGGCAGCAUCGAAUAACGCUGUUUCUUUGGGAAAAUUAAUCAACCAAAACAAUUUAAACAAGAAAAUUCAAAAAAGUGGAGUCUCCUUAAAAAGCAUACUAGAAUCGCCAAUUUGCAAUACAGUUCAAUCAAUAGUUCCAUUAAAGUCACAAUUAUCAUUGAAAGGCUAUGUGUUCCAUGAAUACCUCUCCACACUCUCCCAAAUUUCAAGAUCAGAAUCUUUGCGUUUUUCAGAAGCCAUUAACAGUUCAAACCAAAGAAGAAAGAGGGUGGCUCGAAAUUACUUGAGUAAUGGUGGAUUAUCAUUAUCAAGUGAAGAUAUUUUGUUGCUGGACCAGUAUAGUUGCUGCCAGAAACAAUCAAUCUGAAACAAAAUUUUAGUGUAGAAAUAUAAAAUAAUAAAAGAUGGAGAAAAAUUGACGGAUUAUUGAUGAGGAUGAUGAUAGAAGGUAAAGUUUUGUUUUCACCAUUGAUUUACUCUUACAUUUUUUAUUGUAAUUUUGU